GCUCCAACUCCGUCAGUCCACCUUAAGCGCAAACGCAGGAGGCGUAGAGCGAGGUUUCCGCUUCUCAGUGGGGCUCGGACCGCGGCUCACGAAAAUCACCGUGUGUAACGUUCAAGCUUGACGCACUUAGGUAGAAGAGAAAAAAAAAAGCCAGGAAAAAAGAUGUCCGAAUCCAAGUACCGCGAAUGGAUUUUGGAUACUAUCGACUCGCUGCGGUCUCGAAAAGCCCGGCCAGACUUGGAGAGGAUUUGCCGAAUGGUCCGGAGGCGACACGGGUCCGAGCCCGAACGAACCUGCGCGGAACUGGAGAAACUGAUCCAAGAGCAAACCGUGCUCAAAGUUAACUACAAGGGGUCCAUCUCCUACCGGAACGCCGCCAAGGUUCAGCGGCGGAGCAGAAAGAAAGACGACGUUUCGUUAGCCACGGCUGCGAGACGGAGCGCGAUGGAAGAAGCCAGUCAUUCCGACCUGAGCAACGGGGAUAGCGCUUUCGGUGCCGUGGACCAGGACGAGGAGGAUUUGGAGGGUGACACCUCAAUGGCUAUGGACACAGACAGCAACCCUGAUGAGGAGGGGGCAGAGGAGAGCCGGGAUGGGCAGGACAGACCAUCUCCCAGCCCCGCAUGUGAAGAUGCCACUGUGCAGUGUGCCCCUGUACAGGCUGUCUCUGCACCCUGCUCCCCUUCUGGCUCUCGGCCUAGCUCAGGCCCCAACUGCAGCUCUGGCUCUGUUCUGGACUGUGCCGCUUCCCAGAAGGCGGACGAGAAGCCCAACUCCUUGCCCCCCUCCAGCCCCAGGGCCCUUACACACAAUGAAUUGGCUUAUGAUUCAGCUAUCAGCCCAGUGGAGAGCCAGCACCCAGGAAUGCAGAGGGACAAAGUGGAAUCGAAGCCAGUAGACCACUCUGGAGCAACAAGCCCCUGUGCUUCAACCAUCGGAAAGAAAGAAGCUGAAAGCAGGGUGGAGGACAGCAGCCUCUCGCCUGACCAGUUGGUACCAGACUCUAUAGCACGACCGGAUGAAGUCAGGAAUGUCUCUGAUGGAAGAUUACUCAAGGUGUCUUUGCCACCUGAGAACUGUACAUUUAAGAAGAUCAAUACACCCUUCACAGCAGCUGAAGGCGGUCUCCUUAAUGGCAGUGCGGGUGAUGAAGUCUCAGUGAAGAUGGAGAAGAUGAACCAUAACUUGUUGCAGUGGACUGUGGCAGAUGUGGCCAGUUACUUUUCAGCAGCAGGAUUUCCAGAGCAGGCUGUGGCUUUUCGAACACAGGAAAUUGAUGGGAAGUCUCUUCUCCUGAUGCAGCGCAGUGAUGUCCUGACGGGCUUGUCUAUCCGACUUGGUCCUGCCCUCAAAAUCUACGAGCGUCACGUUAAAGUGCUGCAAAGGACCCACUUCCUGGAAUGUGAAGAUAUCUGAAGAGAUGAUCGGCAAUGCUGUACGAAUUCAAACAUGCAUGCAGCCCCUCUACCAUCUGGAUCCUUCCACCCACCUUCAUAUAUAUACAUAUACUUAGAGGGUGCGUGGAGUGGGAAUGGCUGCAGUGGGAAAGGCUGCAGUGGAGAUCGCUUUCACUGUGAGAUCGACCAGAAACUGAUAGACAGUCAUCCUACCUCUCAUUGUGGUCUUUGAUUUUUCAAAUGGUUUUUAUUUGACCCCUGUGGUCCCUUUGCAGAGACAAAAGACAGCUGCAGGCAAAAUCUUUUCAAGCGGAGCAGCGCUGACCUUUCUGCAUAAGUGAAACUUUGGGUAGUGAAGUCAGUAAACAGAACUGAGCCCUGCAAGUGGACCACUAUGGACACGACUGAUUAGUGGGGCAUUGUAGCCACGGGUUGGGUGUCGUCCCGUCAACUCUCUGUAAGAUUUAAAACUGAAGAUCACAAAGAACAUUAAGCGCAUCGAGUGUGCUUCCUUUUUUGCUAUAUGAUGAGAUUUAAGCGUCAAAGUCAAUGUAUCUGCGUCAAAAUGUAGUCACGUUCCUGAUCUAUCAUCCCACCGGUAGCUGCUCCUGUGGAUUAUGGCCUCGGUGUCUUUGCUACACUGAGAUAUAACCCUUCAUGUGUUUUUCUAUCCAUCUGUGCAGUCUUACUUAUAAAUGAUUGUGGUCCAACAAUACAGUUUCAUUUGGGAAACAAUUCCCAGAAAAUAUGCAGCCCAAUCAAAUGUGUUCUUACAUAUAAGAAAAAUAAAGUAAUAUUGUUGGAAGGAAUGCUACCCUUGCUAGAAAUGUAGUUUGAAAUUCAACACAGCUGCAAAGCAACUGUUUACGGAUAACUUUAUUAAAUGCAAUAUUUUAUGUUGAUUGUUUACAAUUGCUCUGUUCUGGCGUUGUGUUUUGAUUGCCAGUUGAACUGUGUUACAUUCCAUAUAAUGUAGUCUUCAUCUCAAGUGUACCCUCUCCCCUUUUUAUCUGUAAUAUGAACAAUUCUUCCAGAGUUGGAAAAUAAAGCUCAUCUCUCUCAA